GGUCCUAAACGAAACCCCUCUUGCCUAUCGAACUCGCAACAACACCAAAACUCUUCUCUUCUUCUCUUUGGUUCUGUGUUUUCAGUUCAGACUAACAAUAACAUAAAAAAUUAGAAUAAUAAAAAAGAAAGCUUUAUAAAUUGAAGCCAUAGCUGAACUUCGAAACCCUAGCUUCUCAAUUUUCAAUUCCUUUAAUUGGUAUGGAAGGCGAUGAAGAAGAGGCUUCACAUGUCAAUAAACCUCCUCUUUCUCAGCUCCAAGAAGGAACAGCGGCCAUGCCCGAGUCUGACCUCGAACCCUCAGCUACGCGGCUCCAAUGCGAUUCCGAAUCCAAUAUUGAGUCGGCCCAACAGAAAAUGGAUGAGGAAGAAGUGAAGAGCGACGUGGUUGAAAUGCAAGAAGGGGAGGGGGAGAAAGCUUUGGCUUUUGAAGUAAAGGUGGAAGAGGAAUCUACAGUUGUGGUUGAGGUGGCUCCGGUAGUUGAUGAUAUUGGUGUGGCGGAGGAGGUUAAAAUUGAGUGUGCGGGUGAGAAAGAGAAAGAGAAAGAGCCGGAGGUAGCCGAGGAGAAGGGGAAAGAAGAUGAGAUGGAAGUUGUAAAAAAGGAUGCUUUAGGGGAUUUAGUGGAGGAGUCGGGUAUGGAGAAUGAUGCUGUGAAAAUUGAAGUUGAGGAGCACGAGGGUGUGGGGGAUAUAGAGGAAGAAACUAAUUUGGCUGCGCAGGUAGAGGAGAAGGAGACGGUGAAAGUGGCUGACGUUGAAGAUGGAACUGUUAAGCAAGAAGAGGUGGAAGUAGAGGAAGAGGAGGAGAUUGAGGGAGAGGAGGAAAGGGAGGAAAUUGAGGGAGGAGGAGGAGGUGAGGAGGAUGAGAAAGAGGAUAUUGAAGCAGAGGGAGAUGAGGCUGAGAAAGAGAAAGAGGAGAUUAUAGCAGAGGGAGAGGAGGAUGAGGAAGAAGAGAUUGAUGCAGAGAAAGAAGAGGAUGAGAAAGAGGAGAUUGGUGCAGAGGAAGAUGAGGAAGAAGCGAUUGAUGCAGAGAAAGAAGAGGAUGAGAAAGAGGAGAUUGAUGCAGAGGAAGAGGAAGAUGAGAAAGAGGAGAUUGAUGCAGAGAAAGAAGAGGAUGAGAAAGAGGAGAUUGAUGCAGAGGAGGAGGAAGAUGAGAAAGAGAAGUUUGAUGCAGAGGAAGAGGAAGAUGAGAAAGAGGACACUGAAGAAGCAGGAGAGGAGGAUGAGAAAGAGGAUAUUGAGGCAGAAGGGGAGGAGGAUGAGAAAGAUGUUGAUACAGAGGGAGAGGAUGAGGGUGUGGCUAUGGAGACAGAAGUAGCAGAGGAAGCUGAUGUUGCUGAUGCUAUGGAGGAGACAACAGAGGCAGAGGGAACUGAGAAUGUGGAUGAAGCUACAGCCAUGGAGGUGGUUGUGGAGGAAGUUGGUCGUGGGAGCAGUAAUGGGAAAAGGAAACGGGGGAAAAAUAAUAAAGCUCCUGCCAAAGUCAACUCAAGGAAAAAGUUGGAAGAGGAUGUUUGUUUCAUUUGCUUUGAUGGGGGUGAGCUUGUCCUGUGUGACCGGAGGGGAUGCCCCAAAGCUUAUCACCCUUCAUGUGUCAACCGUGAUGAAGCAUUUUUUCGAACCAAGGGUCGUUGGAAUUGUGGUUGGCACCUUUGUAGCAUCUGUGAGAAAAAUGCACACUUCUGGUGUUACACAUGUACCUUCUCUUUGUGCAAGGGGUGUAUUAAAAGUAAUACUAUAUUAUGUCUUCGAGAAAACAAAGGACUUUGUGAGCCAUGUAUGAAAACUGUCAUGCUGAUUGAAAAGAAUGAAGGAAAGAAGAAUGCGGAUAAUAUAGAUUUUGAUGACAAAAGUAGCUGGGAAUACCUCUUUAAAGAUUAUUGGAUAGACUUAAAGGAGAAGCUAUCUUUAACAUUAGAGGAACUUGCUGAGGCGAAAAAUCCAUUUAUAGGAUCUGAUUCUCAUAAGCAGGAGUCAGCUGAUGAACCUUAUAAUGCAAAUGAUGAUGUUGGCUCAGACAGUGAUGGUUCCUCUGAUAAAGUAGAACCUAGCAACACCAAAAAAAGAAAGACCAAAAAACGCGUGAAGUCCCGUACCAAAGACAAGGAUUCACGGAAGGCAACUAGAGCAACUGCUUCGGGAGGGCAAUCUGCUGGUGACAACAAUGCAUGGGCAUCAAAAGAACUCUUGGAGUUUGUUAUGCACAUGAGAAAUGGUGAUAUAUCUCCUUUGUCUCAGUUUGAUGUGCAAGCCCUUUUGCUAGAAUACAUAAAAAGGAACAAACUUCGCGAUCCUCGCAGGAAAAGUCAAAUCAUUUGUGACUCAAGGCUUCAGAAUCUGUUUGGAAAGCCACGCGUUGGCCAUUUUGAAAUGUUAAAGCUUCUCGAAUCUCAUUUUCUUGCAAAGGAAGAUUCCCAUACGGACGAUCUUCAAGGGAGUGUCGUCGAUACAGAAGCAAGUCAGUUGGAAGCUGACGGGAAUGAUGAUGGUGUGGGAAAAAGUGGUAAAGACAAGAAACGUAAAUCGCGUAGAAAGGGUGAUGGGAAAGGGCCUCAAUCUAAUCUUGAUGAUUAUGCUGCUAUUGAUAACCACAACAUUAAUUUGAUUUAUUUGAGACGUAAUUUGGUUGAGGACCUGAUUGACGAUACUGCAAACUUCCAUGAUAAAGUAGUUGGUGCAUUUGCAAGAAUUAGAAUUUCUGGUACUGGUCAAAAGCAAGACUUGUAUAGGCUGGUCCAAGUUACUGGUACAACCAAAGCUGCUGAGCCAUAUAAAGUUGGUAAAAAGACCACAGAUACCGUGCUAGAGAUUUUAAACUUAAACAAGACUGAGGUUGUAUCAAUUGAUAUCAUCUCAAAUCAAGAAUUCACUGAGGAUGAAUGCAAGAGACUACGUCAGAGCAUUAAGUGUGGACUUAUCAAUCGGCUUACAGUGGGUGAUGUUCAAGAGAAAGCAAUGGCACUUCAAUCCGUCAGAGUUAAAGAUUGGCUAGAGUCAGAAAUCGUCCGGCUUAGCCAUCUUCGUGAUCGAGCUAGUGAAAAAGGACGCCGUAAAGAGCUUAGAGAAUGUGUUGAGAAAUUACAACUUCUGAAGACACCAGAGGAACGCCAGCGUAGAUUAGAAGAUAUUCCAGAAAUACAUGCAGACCCCAAUAUGGAUCCAAAUUUUGAGUCGGAAGAAGAGGAGGAUGCAGAAAAUAAGAGAAAAGAAAACUUCAUGAGAUCUAGAGGUUCUGGCUUUAGCAGGAGAGGCAGGGACCCGAUUUCUCCACGAAAAGGUGGAUCAAGUUCGGGUGAUACCUGGAGUGGGGCAAGGAGCUAUUUCAGCUCAAAUCAAGAACAAAGUAGGAACAGGUCCAGUCGUGGGUUCUCUGGCAAAGCUGAGGAUACAACUGUAGUUGGUGAAAUAGUAAAUGACACAUGGAAUCAAGGAAGAGAGAGAGAAGCACCAAACAGCUGGGAAAAGAAGAGAAUGUCAACUUCAGAAAUGGGUUCGAGGAAUUCGCAUGCUGCAGAAUCUACUGCUGUCCCUGAUAACUUGGCGUCCUCUUUGCCUACAGGGGUUACAGAAUCUCCACCUAAAAUCAAUGAAUCAGAAAAAAAUUGGUAUUACAAGGAUCCAUCUGGAAAAGUCCAGGGACCAUUUUCCAUUGCACAGUUGCGUAAAUGGAGCGGUACUGGCUAUUUCCCAGUUGACCUUCGAAUUUGGAAAGCCAGCGAUAAAGAAGAUGACUCCAUGCUUUUGACUGAUGUAUUAACUGGAAAGUUUCAGAAGGAGAAGGUUCAGGUUUUGCACAAUUUACCUCCAUCGCCCACACCACCUGGGAAGCCUCAAGUUGCAUCCAUGCAAAGGGCUACAGAAAUUCAAGUUGGUGGAGAAAGUUGGAGAUCUCAAAAUGAAAUUAGUCCUUUGUCAGCAGGCAAGGUUGUUCCGACCCCAGUUGACGUCUCCAAAUAUUCUUCAGAUACAUGGGGUUCAACAAACCUCCCGUCCCCUACCCCAACGCAAACUCCUCUUGGUGGAGCAAAGCCUCAAACUUACGAAAAUAAAUGGUCAGGCAAUACCGUUUUAUCAAAUAAUUCUAUUGUGGGAAUGAAUCAAUUCCCAGGUAGUGCUGGAGGUACACGAGAGGGUGCGAUGCGAGUUGCUGAAAAUGAUUCGAGUUCAUUUUCUGCUAUGACAUCCAAGUCAGAAAAGAAUAUGACUACAAAUGAUCUUCCAGUUCACCAUUUUCCAACAAUCUCAGCACCUACGUUAAAUCACGUUUCAUUAAAUACAAAUGCUGAUAUACAAAAUGUUGUAUCGAAUCUGCAGAGUCUAGUUCAGUCAGUUGCUAAUCAGAUGUCGCCUGUUCCAAAACCCGAAAUGCUUGCCUCAGGUCCAAUAACUGGAGCUGAAUCUCAGCCCUGGAGAGGAACUCCAUCCCAGAAGUUAGAACCAAAUAACCCUGGUAUCAUGCAUGCACAACCCUCUGCUCAUGCUCUUUGGAGUGAUGCUUCCGCCAUACACAAUCCUACCUCAUUUAACGCAGGAAAUGCAGUUGGGAACUUUCCGACAUCUGGCUUCACAGCAGCUGUUCCUCAAUCUGAUUCCUGGAGACCUAACAUUCAACCUCAGCCUCAGGCUCCACCCAACAUGCCUUAUAGCAUGGGCGUUGUGGACAACCAAACUGGUGCGCCAAGAGUACCGCAAGACAAUCAAAAUCAAGGUUGGGCGCCGCCAGUGGCUGGAAAUCCAAACAUGGGAUGGAGUGGACAAGUACCAGGAAAUGCAAACCCAAAUUGGGGAGUUCCUCCAAGUCAGGUUCUACCACCUGGAAAUACAAAUCCAGGAUGGCACAAUCAAGUUAGACCUCAAGUCUCGGGUUGGGUCCCAUCUGGUCAAGGACCAGCAACACCUAUAACUGCUAACACAAAUCAAGGUUGGGUAGGUCACGGUCAAGUACAAGGACAAGGAAAUACAAACCCCGGAUGGGGUGGCGUUCCAGGUGGAAAUUCAAGCAACUGGGGUAGUGAGCGUAAUCAUAACACAGAUAGAUUCGCCAACCAAAGAGAUAUGGGUUCUCAAGGUGUAGAUUCGGGUUAUGGUGGUGGUAAACCAUGGAACAGACAAUCGUCAUUUGGUGGCGGUAGCGGAGGAGGAGGCGGUGGAAGUACCUCCAGGACUCCUUUCAAAGGGCAGAGAGUCUGUAAGUUCCAUGAAAGUGGGCAUUGCAAGAAGGGAGCUUCUUGUGAUUAUCUGCACAAUUGAGUUUAGUGAGAAAUUUAAUAGCAGCCCGGCAUUUGAUUUUUGUACAGUUGUUUACUAUUGAAGAAGAGUUUUGUUAUAUUUUAAACAUUUUUAGGUGUUUUUUUUUUGUUUCUUAAUAGAACUGUGCAGUCUAGUAGAGUAGUAGCUCACCAAUUUUUGCUUUCUUUUUCAUACUCUUCUUGCUUGCUUCUCAAAAUCUAAUAUUUUCUUUUUAAUUUUCAUAAUUUCUAUUGAGAUGCCAAUAAAUGAAUUUUUCAUUCCUUCAAAUUAGUAAAAUUUUGAUUAACUUUGUGUGAUUCA